UAGGGUGUCUCCUACCUAUCAGGGUAGGAUUCAUGAUAUCUGUAGAAAUCCUCCGAGCCGUGAGACGUGACUUGGGAAAAGAAAUGAUCUUCGAAACUAUGCCAGUGAGAGAAUGCGGUGCUACGAUGGAUCCUUCCUCAUGUUGGUGAUACCUUCUAUGCAUACUUCUUUUCGGCGUCUUUCCAAGUCCAACUGCCCGAUAGCGAAUCGUUGGUAUAUAAACAACCCCUCCACAGGAUGUAUCUGGUCAAGGUCGGCACGCACCAUUAUCAUAAAACAGACCAAGAUGGAGCCUACACAUCGAUACAUGACACGCAGUGUUACGGCGAGGGCUUGCAAAAGAACAAGCAACAAAAUCUGCAGCCUUCCCAUGGAGCUCCUCGAAAUGAUACUCUUCCAUCUCAGUAUCGUUGACUUUCACUUUUUACGUCACACUUGCAAAUUCCUUUACCAAAGGUGUGGCUACCAAGCUGACCUGGCUGACCCUUCUACGAUCGAAACCGACCUUUCCCGGGCCCAUCUGCACUGGUUAAAGAGAAUGCCCAAAGAACGAGCCUUACGUGUUAAAGAGCUGUCAGUCCGCAGCUUUUGCGGUAGGCCCUUGGGUCUUUGCUACGAACCUCCUAUGCUGACUGCCCGGAAGUCGAAAAUAUCUGCGGACCUGGAAAGAGUUCUCAAAUCUUUUAAACAUUGCCGUACUUUUCGGAUCUAAGCCAUUGCCUCGACUCACGUCCUGUAACCACUCGAUUCAUCUAUAGGGGGUGGUUACUUUGUUAUAAAGUAAACGAGCGAGACAUACCCAUAUCCAUUGUAUCUCUCAAGAAUUCCAUGACAAGGUCCAAUGCCCGGCAUUGGGUGACUCGACCCGGUCACCUGCCCCGGAGAGCCGCCCCUGGAUCUGCCCACCCACAAACCUUCCUCUGGUUGCAUCCCACCUGAUGCUUUCAAGAAACAACCUCGCAGGGAUUUGACUACGAGUCGAACCACCG